GUAAUGUUCAUACCGGAGUACAUAAAAUCGACGUCGAAUUUUGACGGAGCAAAACUUGCCAAGAUUGUGAGGAUGAACGACAUCAGUUCCAAACAUGAAGAUGACGUAAAUGGCGUAUUAGGAGGUCAGUUGAUGACACGACCAAAUAUUGGCUUCUCCGAAAGGCUUUUCUUUGAAUACAUUCAUCAACAUAUGUGUGAAAGGUGUAGGGUACAUUUUGUAUGCCCUGGCAGUACGCUGCAUUUAGAGUUGAUGGCUCGCCGAGGAGAGCUAGAAGUUCUCAAGAAUUAUGGAUUUGAUGCCGCCUUCGCGGAACAGUUAGACUUCUGUGGAAUUGGAGUAAUCAGGUACCUUGGAAUCCAAAAUCUAUUAUGGAUCUCUACAACACCGCUCAUGGAAACUGUGACUUACAACCUAGGUGUGCCAACGCUGCCGUCAUAUGUGCCGACAGUAAUAGAGAAUGACAAUGGAGAUACUAUGGAUUUUUGGCAUAGGGCUUAUAAUUUUUAUAUGUACAUAGGAACGAUUUAUGUUCAUCGACGAGGAACCGAUUUGAUUACGGAGGUUGGGAAUUUGAUUUAG